UAUAUGGGAACACGUGACACGGCUUGUAGGAGCGACGCUUCAUAAGUGCGAAAACACAGAGGCGAUAGAGGCUGGAGAGACUCUGGAGUCAGAAGCAGCAGCAGCAGCAGCAGCAGCAACAGCCUGGAUCCAUCGGAGCAGGAGCGCGCACUCCAAGAGCAGCCAACGCUUCUACAGACGUUUGGGAAGAAAGAAAAAAAAACAAAAAAACUUAUUUGACUCAUAAAAUUAGAAAGACAGACCAAUGAUCAUGACAGUGAUGGUGGUUUCAUUCUAACUCAUGCACACUGGUUGUCUCUCCCUUUAUGUAAGAUCUGUGGAGGAUGCGCUUCUGACUUGGAUUAACGCGCGGUGAUAAAGGGCGAUUCUGCGCCUUUGACAAAAUAUGUAAGGUUGCCCACUGCAGUAUAACCCUCAGACACAGCCAUGAAAUCUGUGCUGGAUGGUGUGGCAGACACCACCUUCCGGACUAUCACAUCUGGUUUACAGUAUCUGGGCUCCAAUGAUGCCAAUUAUGACAAUCCCACCAGUGAUGUAGACUUCAAGGGCAGCUUCUCUCUGCAGAAGCCCUUAUCUGCGUUCCGCAGCAACUCCUUCCCCAACAAAGUACCUGCAGAUGAGGAGCUCAUCCUCAAGGGCAUUCCCUUCUUCCCCACCAAUGCCACAGACUUGUUUGGCAACCGGAGCACGUUCAGAGAUGAGUCUGACACGAUACAAUGCGGGGAGAACUUUAUGGACAUGGAGUGUUUCAUGAUCCUGACUCCCAGCCAGCAGCUGGCUGUGGCUGUCAUGUCUCUGACUCUGGGGACCUUCACGGUGCUGGAGAACCUGGUGGUGCUCUGCGUCAUCCUACAGUCCCGCACCCUCCGCUGCCGGCCGUCCUACCACUUUAUUGGCAGUCUGGCUGUGGCUGACCUGCUGGGCAGUGUCAUCUUUGUCUACAGCUUUCUGGACUUCCAUGUUUUCCACAGGAAAGACAGCCCUAAUGUUUUUCUCUUCAAGCUGGGUGGAGUCACGGCGUCGUUCACAGCGUCUGUGGGGAGUCUUUUCCUCACAGCUAUCGACCGCUACAUCUCCAUACACCGGCCUCUUGCCUACAGGCGCAUUGUGACACGGACCAAGGCUGUCAUAGCCUUUUGUUUGAUGUGGACCAUCUCCAUUGUCAUCGCAGUGUUACCUCUGCUGGGCUGGAACUGUAAGCGUCUCAACUCUGUGUGCUCAAACAUAUUCCCUCUCAUUGAUAAGAACUACCUGAUGUUCUGGAUCGGUGUAACCAGCGUGCUGGUUCUUUUCAUCAUCUACGCCUACAUAUACAUCCUGUGGAAGGCACACCACCAUGCUGUGCGCAUGCUGAGCCGAACCUCCCAGAAGAGCCUCGUCGUUUACUCAGCAGAUGGGACUAAAGUGCAGACCACACGCCCCGAGCAGGCACGCAUGGACAUCCGAUUGGCCAAGACCCUGGUGCUCAUCUUGGUGGUGCUGGUCAUCUGCUGGGGCCCGGUGCUCGCCAUCAUGGUCUACGACCUCUUCUGGAGGAUGGACGAUGACAUCAAGACAGUGUUUGCAUUCUGCAGCAUGCUCUGCCUGCUCAACUCCACCGUCAACCCAAUCAUUUACGCCUUGAGGAGCAAGGACCUGCGGCACGCCUUCCUCAGCUCGUGCCGCGCCUGCACUAGCAGUGCUCAGCAGCUGGACAAUAGCCUGGAGUCAGACUGCCAGAACAGAAAUGCCAACAUUUCUGCCAACAGGGCUGCAGAGAGCUGCGUGAAGACCACUGUGAAAAUAGCCAAAGUAACAAUGUCAGUGUCAACUGAAACGUCUGCAGAGGCUGUCUAAUUGGCCUUCACUGGGGGGAAACUGUGUAACUGUCAUUCAAACACAGUGAUGCAGAAGUUAGAUGUUCCAGAGAAUUAAAGAGAAAUCUCUCCUGUUGAUUUACAUCCUCAUGUAGACACUUUAGUGGUUGCAUUGUUUUACGUUUGUGUGUGUGAGUACAUAGUGUGCCAAAGUGCCAAAUGGUAUGGCAAGUUCAUAGAAAGGACUCAUCGUAAGAAAGGAUCCUGAGUCUGCUGUUUACCAUAAGACUUCAUGAUAUCCAAUUAGUGAAGGCAUAUUAUAUUUUUGUACUGUGAAUUCAGGUUUUGAAAACAAUAUAUCUUCAUUUAUGGGAUAAGGGGCUACUGACAUUUUUAAUUAGAGCUGUUUUUCCUGUGUCAUUAAGACUUUAACAUGUGUCUUGCACCAUAAAUAAUAAUAAAAAAUUAAUCCUUCAGCCUUGACUUUCUGCAGGCUUAAUGUAAAGGUUGCUUUGAGAGAUUUCUAGAGGCAAAUGUGG